AUGGUAGCUGCAGGUCAGCGCGGACACGCGUGGCCAAUUUGCCUGGAGCUGGUUCGAGGCUCGACCACAAGGCCGGACACCGUGGCCUUAAAUGCUGCUGCGAGUACCCUGGCCUCGGGAACACGCUGGCGCGAGGGCCUCUCGAUGGCUACCGAAGUGGGUGAGACCACCGCGGUAACAUUGGGGGCUGCUGUGCGAGCCGGUGACUUAGGCUCUGCCUGGCACCUGGCUGUCGGUGUCGUUCGCUCGGCAAGCGUCUCAAUGCUGCAGAUUGGACAGGUCAUCUACGGAUCGGUCGCCAGAGCAAAAUUGCAAGUGGAGCCAGGCACAGCAGCUAUUGACCGAGCUGAUGCAUGGGGCUUUGCGGCAAAAUGCUGUCCUGGGAAACACCGUGGCAUCUGCCGUGAGCCGAGCUUCGGCCUGGCAGCGGCUGAUUCGAACGCACAAGCAUUGGGCGAACUUUUGUUUGGUCGCAGUGACAACACGGCAGAGCUCUGUACAGAUCCUCUUGAGGCCCAAGAGCGCGGGCGAUCGCAGCCGCUGGCUCAGUUGGCGGCAGUUCGAGUUCGGCUCGGGAACAGCUCGAGUGCAGGCUUCGUGGAGAUCAUCAAAGAUGAAGUUCGCUCCAGGCAAACGUGGUCCAUGGAGCAUACGUCCACACUGUAUCCAGCCGCCGGACCACCCUUGGGUGGGGAUCACAGCGGUGAGGAAGCCGUCCGUUCGCAUUGGAAUGUGGGUCUAGGGGAAUGCGUUUCCGCUUCUCGCACGGCGCUCGGAAAGCCGUUGGAGGUGGUCUUCCACAUGCUCCCUUAUGUACAAACAGGCGCCGAGCAGCUUCUGCUCAUGGCGGAAAGGGGCAACGUGGAAGAGGCCGAGGCAUCUCUUUUGCUUCCACAGGCUGGUGGCAAGGAGCCCAAUGCCACAGAUGCAGACGGUGAAACUGCAGCCUUAAAGGCCAGCCGCGCAGGUCACAUGGAGAUGAUGCAGCUUCUGUCCUAUGCGGACAUGAAUAUCACCAGCUGCGAUGGCUCGGCACCGAUCACAGAAGCCGCCAGGAACGGACACCUCGAGGUUGUGCAGUUCCUGCUCGAGAGCGGUGUGAACAAGGACGUGAUUCUCCACACUAUACGCAGUUACAGAUUUCCACAGCAAACGUGCGGCGAGGAUGGACUGGUCAUUGAUGUUGCUUUGUACAUGCAGUCGCAAAUGUGUUACAUGACGCAGUCUGCCUGCACCUGGAAUCUCCUCGUUGCCGGGGAGAAGUACACCUUUGAUGCACUGGAGUGCCUGAUGGAAGAGUUCUUCAACGUCUACUACAAGGUGGACCAAGCGCAUACCAGGUGGAAUCCAGCCAAGGGAUGUGCCACUGCCUCUGGCGGCUACACUCAUGGGGCAUUCUCUGGCAUUAGCAAUGCGGAUGCCGCUCGUGCUCGGCGUGAGCCGCCUGUGUUCGUUCCGUUUUGUGCAAGUGACAUAGCUGAUGCAGAAGUGUCUGGUGAAACUGUGCACUGUCUCGGGGUCCACUACUUGGUGGAGUUCGCAGAGUCGCUGCAGAGUGCUCCGGAUGCGUGUGCGGCCGGUGAGUUGGCUUCGCAUCAAGAUGCGUGGAUGUCUCGACCUUUGCGACGACGGGACCGGGAAGCCCAGGACUCGCAACUUGGGAAAGGUUCAGCCGGCCAAUUUUGUAAGCUGCACGUCGCCAACGUGUUUCACUUCCCGGCCCGGCGGUGCAUUUUGCGAAAGCAAGAUGCAUUCCCCGGCAAGCAGAUCGUGCAACAGCAGCCUGUGUCCGAACUCUGCCGACAGCAUAUGAGCCCCGCUGAGGCAGGGGACACUGAAGAGGCUCCUGAUGGUGCCGGUGUAGGGGACGAUGUAGCGGAUCUUCUUUGGGAUGUGCAGGUCUCGACAAAAGGCAAGGCCAUCCGAAGGCGCCCCAUGACCGAGAUUCUGAUGGGAAAACUCUGCUAUUCCUUGAGCUCCACAGCGGCCGUGGCUGAGGUGGUGCAAACUGUGCUUCGAAUGAUGGAUGUGCUGGCUGAGAACACGAACCAAGAAGACGUGAAUCCCUCCAAGAGCCACGUGCGAACGAUUCUCGUGAAGCUGGAUUGUUUGCACAGCUUGAGCCGGAGGGUUUUCGCGAAGCCGAACCAGCCAGAUCGAAGAACGGUCAGGUUUUUGUCGGCAGACAGCAGUCCGCAAGCAAACUACGACUACUUCCUGGUCACAGAAGAACUGAUGACUAGAGACAGUGUCCAUCGUGUGCCAGUGGAUGCAAGCGGGCAAGUAGAUCCGUGGAGAGGGUUCGCCGUGGAACGGAGGACCAUGGUAGUGACCACCAUCGCUCGAGGUCAGAGCUCGGCAGCUCUGAAGACCAUGCGAGUUCUGCACAUCAUAUGCCUGGAGAACACAGCGGUUGCUCUCCCACAGUAUAGAGGUGAAGUGAGAGGUUUCUUGUCGGAUCAGGGAACGGAGCGGUUGAUCUGCAAAUACCCCUUAGAUACUGCAGCCAACGUCAGGGAGGCAGUGCGGGGAUUUGCCAGGGACACAGGAGCUGCCGCCGCCGCCGCACAUGAGAGGGUGCGAGCACUACCUUUUUUUCCGGAAGCCUUGGAAAUACCUGGUUCUUUGCACGUGGUGUUCAACACCCUGGAGGCUGUAGUGAAGAGUGUUAAGAUGCUCGAUGCGGGGGCGGGCACAGCAGCAGACAAGCAGGCGUUGCAUAGCUUCCGCGACAACCUCCUCGAAUGGCACUGGAAGCCGCAUGAAUUUGGUGAUAGUGCGGCCAUGAUCACGGAGAUCCUUGAAGAUAGCAUGCAUGGAUUUAUUGGUUUCCCAGCCAGCCUCCAAACGGCGAAAGACAAUGAUGGAAGAAACUGGAUCUGCCACUAUUGUUGCUGGAAGGGGAAGAGGCUUCCAGAGCUGGCCUGCGGGAAGAUGACGGACCUCAUCCAGUACUUUACAAACCAGGCCCGCAUAGAGUACAUCUCGGAGAUGCUCGCUGCACCGGCUGAUGUCCGAGCACGUGUUACGGCGAUAGAUGCACUCGCGACAGAGCAACUUCGCGUGGUCCUCGAGCAGAAGUUUGCAUAUGCACAGACCAUCCCUUGGGUGCUCUGUGCAGCAUAUGGGGGGUACACUGGCAUCCCCUGGGCUCGUUGCAAGGCCGCCAUUUCGGAAGGCUUUCGUCAGUAUUCCCAGGCGACAACAGGUGGUGCUUUUGUGGAUGCAGUGUCCUUUGGAGCCUUUUCCGGUCAGACGUUGGAAAGCCGGCAGCUGAAAGCUUUUGCAGACUCGGAGUUGCCCCUGCACCAUUAUGCCGAGGCGUGGACCAUGGUGCAAGAGUAUUCUUUCUGCAGCCUCGCAGAGCGAGGCACAGAGAGACAGCACUCCGAGAUUCGCAAUGCUGCGAGGAGAGGCCAGCGAUAUGCCGGCCCUGCGGUUGUUGCGAGCCGGAAGCGAGAGAAGCAGGUCGUGGCCAUGAUUGAUGAUCCCCAGCAGCUGCAGUUUCUUGUAGCACACCAGCGUGAUAGGCAGAUCUGGGAAAACCUGCUUGAGCAUUGCUUGCCGAAGCAAACAGUCAGGCGAAUGACAGUUGUGCAGAGAUUGGCGAAUGUGUAUGCAUACCACCCAGACCAGCACUUCAUGGACGUGAGCGAGGAGGCAACUGCCCAGGCCGUGUACCAAAAGGCGUUGCUGGAUGCCUCGGCUGCUGCCCGCGCGGAAGACUCCGUGCCGUUGAAGCUGGACCCAGCCCCUCAUCAGAUUGUGCACUUCCUGAAGAGCCAUCUCCGGAACGGCAGCCUGGUGUCGCUGGGUGAGGAGGCCUUCCAGCUUGCCCUCCGCUACACACCCAGGCAGCCGGAAGAGGAGGCAGAUGUGCCAUGCAAGGAGAUGCUGUCUCAGGACUUGUGGCUGAGCUUGCGAACAGAAAUGGUCGUGCCAGCAGUUUCCUUGGAUCCGUACUUUUUCACGGUGCUGGAUGCUCGACCCGAGCAGCGGAAGGAUGUUCGGGCGGAUCGGGGCCGCAGCAAAAGCAGCAUACUUGUGAUGUUGCACACACAUGUCCGAGUUCUGUCGGACACAGAAGUGCGGGUACAGUCCAGCGGGAACAGGCAAGAGUUUCUGGAGCUGGCGAGCUUCUGUAACCAAGCACGGAUGCAGGUGUUCAUGCAUUCGUGCCGGGUUUGGACUCCGAAGGCUUCCGACGUCAGCUUGAACGUGUUGACUGCAGGUGCAUGCCGGCAACCAGACCUCGUGCCCAUCCCAGAUUUCAUCCAGGAUCAUGAGCCUGCCGCAAGCUUCAGCAACCAGCUUCGGCGGAGGCAGGCCGACAUGCAGGUCGUCGAACACGAGCCGGAUCGUGUACGAAUUUCUGCUGAAGCCAUUGUCCUCUUGAAGGCCGAGGAGGAUCUGUUGCAUGAGCUUCUUCGUCACGGGGCUUUGGGAGGGCGUUAUGUUUCGGUGGAUGAUUUGUCGGAAUUCAAUGCUGCUGCUGUUCAGAGACUGCAACAACAUGGCAUUCUUUCGGGUGAAGAGGGGGCAUUCGGCGACUUGACCUUGAGCAUCACCAGCAGCCUGCAGCUGCUGCCCGAAUGCACAUGGUCCGAACCAUUGGCGAUCUGGGAAUUGAGCCACUUCUUCUUAACCCGGGGAAAGGUUGCCCUGACAUCCAAAAUAGAAUAUUUCAGGUUGCUUUUUAAACAGGGGUGGAAGCCCCGCUGCGACGACGAGAGUGAGUUCUUUGAGUGGCACUGCCGUGAUGCCACUGCGGAGUUGCCUGCUCAGGGUCUUGGCAUGCCGUUGCCAUAUCUUCGCUGCUUGCUGACUUCUGUGUUGUUGUGGCAGAAGCCGGGCAACCUCCAGCGAAUCUUGGUCAACGGGCCUUCGAAGUACUAUGAGUACCUCAUGAGCUCGGCCGACCUGUCUGCAGUGGCAAAGUUGACGGCUGAAGAAAUUAGGCAGAAGUUUGCGGGCGCCCGCAAAGCACGUGCCACGGAUGCUGUGGACAGGGCCUUGGACAACGACCCAGAGCAAGAGGACGGAUACGAGGUACUGGCCGCUGCUGCUGCGGGUGUCGCAGCAGGUAGCGAGGUGCCUCCGUCCGAUCCGGAGCUCUUGCAGUUGAACAUGCCCAAGGAAAGCAGCAGAGCCAUCGUCGUGAAUGGCCGGAGCUGCCACGUGUAUUUUGACAAUUACACCCAUGCCUCCGGCCAGUUGCGAGCUUUUGUGCAGUGUGACAGACAUGUCAACUGCAGGUUGUAUGUCUUUGUGCACAAGGUGCAUGGCAAGGGUCGUGCUGUUGCCUACCUGCAGCGUUGGUUGCAGGAGAUGCUCCUGCAUCCAAUGGGACUGGCUCACCCCUACCGCUGGGACGUCUUUGGCGACAGUGGGUGGGGCGGCUGGCUCCUACCACUGCGGCGCCUUUGGCGACAGUGGUUGGGGCGGCUGGCUCCUACCACUGCGGCGCCUUUGGCGACAGUGGGUGGGGCGGCUGUCUCCUACCACUGCGGCGCCUUUGGCGACAGUGGGUGGGGCGGCUGGCUCCUACCACUGCGGCGCCUUUGGCGACAGUGGGUGGGGCGGCUGGCUCCUAUACCACUGCGGCGCCUUUGGCGACAGUGGGCGAUGCCGGAGCCAAAAAACAACGGAGGAGGCUCGAUGAAGCCACCAGAGCCGGCGAACCCUCCGAAAAACCACCAGCGCCAGGCUGCUAAGGCUCAGGCGAUCCAGGCCUCCGACUCGGAAUCCUACGAGAGUGAGUCGGAGGAGAAGAAGCGGCCAGGGAAGGCUCCUGAGGCUUCUGAGGCGGUGCCACCUUCAAGCGACGAUGACAUCGCUGACCGCCGGUCGCAGAGGCGGGACCAGCAAGAUGCCGCGGUGAAGACCAACAGCGGAUCCGGCGGCAAGAAGGGCGGCAAGAAGGGCGGCAAGAAGGGCGACAAGAAGGGCGACAAGGGGCCAAAGGGGGGCCGUGGCCACAGCCAGCAAAGGGACCCCGCCCAGCAGCCGCAGAACGAAGACGAGGAGUUUGGGCCCUUCAAUGAGAUUGGCAUUGCCAAGUUCAAGCUGUCCGAGCUGCCCCGCAACAGGCGGGGCCGUGUGACCUGCCCGGUCUGCGGGGUGCAAGUGCAUCCCGACGGCAUGAGCCUCCACCUCAUGCAUAACUCCCAUUGCCUUAACCGCCAGAACGGUGGGCAUGCACAGAGAACUUUCGUCUACGGUUGCGGACGAAAGUUUUGGACGGAGUGGGACCUCCAGCAACACAGUAACCGUUGCACUUGGGCAGCGGGAGAGACUGAGCCGGAGGAGACAGCCGGGCCACAGCAAAGGCCAGUGCGCCUCAGGAGCCGUUCCCGCCGAUCCUCGCCCUCAUCGCGACCGGCCCGCAGCAAGCCGAGAAAGGAUCCCGGCACCGAUGAUCAGCCGGGCCCGGGCUCCACAGGGGACUCCUCCGACCGUACACUCGGUGACCGACGCAUGGGUCUCCGAGUGUAUGCGGAUCUUGUCUCGUUGGGGAAGGAUUUGCUGCGAUAG